CGCAGAGAAAGUAACAUGGAAGAAGCGAAAACGGGAUCCGAGGCAAUGGAUGCAGCAAAUUGUGCAAAGACUCAAGACAUGAACGGGAAUGGUAUACAAAGAGGUCCAAUCUCAGCCAAGGAACCUGCAGCCCAGAGUAACAACAACAAACAAGAACUAAAACUGGCUUUUGCAGCACUAGACGUUGAUAAAGACGGUGUUUUAUCAAAGGACGAAAUGAAGGCGGGUUUCAAGAUGCUGGGGUUUAACGUUAGUGGCCAUAUGUUGGACGCCAUGUUCGAGGAGGCCGACACAGAUGGAGAUGGCGUCAUCAACUUCACAGAAUUUUGUCGGGUAAUGUCAUUAUGACCAACUGCAUGGAGAUAUAAAAACUGACAGGUUCCGUUUGAAAUGAAUCCCAUGUUACAGAAAAUACGAAUACAGCGGAUUUGGUAUUGCCCAGAGUCGACAACAAACGCUUGCAUCUUUGUUUCAAAACUUGCAUAUGCAUGUGUCAUUCUAUACAGUUCAUCACGAUGAAAAUGAAACUAUUCUAUGUGACCUACGGAAACACUUCUUAACCCAUACAUGAAUGACAGGUUCGAAAAGACAAAACGGACUCUUCUUGGCCAAAGGCCGAGUUCUGUGCAAAAGAGAGAGACAAAGGAUUUACGUUUAUCACUCACUGGUUUCUGGAUGAAUGGUUCAUUGCAGUUGCAUGAUCUUUGCAUCAAGACGUACGCACCUUACACCUGUCUUGGAUUGAUUCUACAAACACACCACCAAGAGAAUGCGUAUGGACGAGUUUUGUGGCAUUUUCACUAGCAGACCGGAGUCCCUGUACGUCCAUAUAGCAAUGGUUCCAGCCAAAGACGGCGCGCAUAUGUUAAAGGAUUCUCAAGAGGAAUCCCAUGAUCGUUUAUUGGAAGGGAGUCGAAUCCCACUGCUCGUCUGUGUCUCUGGUAUAUCAGUCUGUUUUUUAGCUAAGCUGGAACUUGAUAUAUCGUCUUAAUCUCGAAAGACCAUCUUGAGCUAAACCUGAAACCUGAAAGUUUCACUCCUGAAGUACACCGCCAAAGUGGUGUUACGAAUUUGUUUUGCGACAAUUUAUUUAUUUAUUUGAAUGAUGUUUUAUGCCGCACUCAAGAAUAUUUCACUAAUACGACAAAGGCCUGCAUUAUGGUGGGAGGAAACUGGGCAGAGCCCUUCGGGAAAACUCACGACCAUCCGCAGGUUGUUUUGAGACAAAGUUCAUGUUAUAUAUACAAGUAUAGGGCAGUUUCGUGAUCGUACAUGUGCUUUGCAUCAUAUACAUUCUAGCCAUGCAAUAUAAAGCGUUAUUGUAAGUGAAAAAGAAAUUGGGUCGUUUCAGCACAAAACUAAAAUUUGCAAUCAAUAGAGCACCUGGGCUGAAUCUCAAUAUUCGACCAGGCCUGCAUAUAAUUGUACUCUACUUUGUAUAUGUGCACGUGUAUAUGUGCAAAUAAAGUGUAUUGUAAUCCUUAAUUAUAUACUGUGACUAACCUGGGAUCAAUAUGUAGUCUAGUUAGUUAAAAUCCAAAGAUGAACUUCACUUACAGUGUAUAUAUUAUAAGCCCUUACAGAUGUGCUGUGCACAUUAUAGAUAGUGCGCCAUCAAGUUAUGAAUGUCCCUUCAACUGACCCAUCAGCUUUCGGCUGUGGUUUAUUUAAAGUAAAUAAAUAUACCAUAUAAAUUAGCCUCCAUCAACAAGGGAGAUAUUUGUAUUGUUAGACUAUCUUGAUCAGCCUUGUCACCUGCAUAUACCACAGGUAGGUGUUAUACCGUGUGCGUCUGGUGGACUGAAGUCAUACAAACACAGAGGUCACGCCUCAGCAUAGUGUAUAUAAGGUCAUUAUUCCAAUGCAUAGGUUACUAUAGUUCCUCAGAUUUACUGGCCACCUGACCCAUAUAUGUCAGUUUGUCACAGUUCAAGAUUUACAAGUUAAGCCGCACGAAAAGGCAUCUAAUAUUAUCGACUGUAUACAGAAAUAAACGUUGUGACACCUCUCCUGUCCAUCCACCAGUGAUACAUUAUAUAGGGCUAUACACCGACCACACCCCCUACGUCUUAAAGCCCAUAUAACUUGUCGAUUUUGGACAUAAUCUGAAUUAAAAUAACCAUACAGUUAAUUCAAUUUUGGGGUUUGGCAUGUAUAUAUUUUUGUUUUUAAGUAUAGCUCUCUUCAGGAAGACGUGCUUCCAAUACAUGCUUUUCUUCAAGGUUUUUUUUUAUAAUUUUAAUUUCUGAUAACCUGUUACCAAAUAGCAGAGCAAGGAAAUUGACAAAAUAGCACCAAAAGUGAACACAAUAUGCAAUCAGUUACAAUGAAGUCACCUACCAAGUUUCGAUUCAGUACAGUGAACAGCUUUGGGUAAAAGUCUGGAAAUUAGUUCACAUUUAGACAAAUGCAGUUAUAACUGCAUUGAAAUUUAUCUUUAAGUCGUCAUGGUGA